GUGAGACUGUUCCGUGUCUUCUGCGGAAAAUGCCCAAGUGCAGCAGACUGAGCGGAGACAGGAGCUGGGAUUUGCGGACCCGUCGAGGCAGCUUUCUGGGAUCCAUCUUUUGGCUUUCUCCGCGCCGAGGUUGCCGUGGCGCAAUGACACCCACCGCCCCCCCAUCAUCUGUCUGAAGAGGAGAUGAAGUGUGGCUCUCACGUCACACACGGUCAGGCCGUGUGAGGCGGAACCAUGGACAGCAAAAAUUCAGAAAGCUGUCGGACCCUGAGGAAUGAGGAACACCAAAGAAGUCAUACAAAUAUAAACUCAGCUGAUACAGUGUUAAAUCAUUCCACAGCCCUGACAUGGUUCACAGUGGAGUACAUCAGUGGACAGGAGCUGAUGCAGCAAUCGUAUUUGUAAAGCUGAAUGAAGUUGUCUGGAUCACGUUGCUGAGUAGGCGUGCUCGAUCUGUGCCUAUGACACCGGACUAACUGAGUCAAAGGACAACACUGGAUGGAGUGACGACAGACGCAGCUAUGUAAGAAGACAACUGUCCAGUGCCCAGUUCCAGACAAUCAACACUCUUAUGAUUCAUGUCACAUAUGUGGGUUCUCAGAGGAACAUAGUGGUAACUCAGCAGAUGACCAAUACCUGAGAGUUUGUUCUUAGCGUUGAGUGUACUCCAGUGGGACAACAAAGAGCUCUUCACUUUUUGAUAAAAAAGGAGAAAGCAGGAAACGGACGCUCUCAGUGUUCACCAUGCCUCGUAAUCGAGCUUUUUCUGAACCUGAGUACUCGGCAGAGUACUCCGCGGACUGCUCAGUGACAUUGCCCUCUGACCCCGGGCAGGCAGUGGGGCGAACACACGAGGUCACGGUUCGGAGCUCAGGAUGCUGCCUCUGUCUGCCGCGGUUUAUGCGCCUCACCUUCACACCCGAGUCUCUGGAGAACCUCUACCAGACUUACUUCAGACGGCAGAGACAUGAAACCCUGCUGGUGCUCGUCGUGUUUGCGGCCCUCUUUGAUAGUUACAUCAUCGUCAUGUGUGCGGUGGUGUACACCACUGACAAGCUUGCUUCUGUUCUAGUGGCAUCAGUGGGACUGACCGCAGAUAUUAUCCUUUACAUGCUGUGUCGCUUCGGCCUGCUGCCAGACCGCAUCUCAAGACGGGUGGUGCCCUACGCCCUGUGGGUGCUCAUAGCAGCUCAAAUAUUCUGCUAUUUGGGUCUGAACUAUGCUCGCUUCCACCAGGCCAGUGACACGGUGGGCUGGCAGGCUUUCUUUAGCUUCUCCUUUUUCCUGACUCUGCCUUUGAGGCUGACACCCAUCGUGCUCAUCACUGCUGUAUCCUGUGGGGUCCACACUCUAGUUCUGGGCGUCACCAUUGCCCAACAGCAGCAGGAGGACAUCCAGGGGGCAGCACUUGGCAGACAGCUGCUGGCCAACAUUGUGAUCUAUGUUUGUGCCAUCACUGUGGGCGUCAUGUCAUACUACAUGGCUGACCGGAAGCAUCGGAAGGCCUUUCUGGAGGCAAGACAGUCACUAGAGGUCAAACUCAACCUGGAGGAGCAGAGUCAGCAACAGGAACGUCUGCUGCUCUCCAUCCUCCCAAAGCACAUAGCUGACGAGAUGCUUCAGGACAUGAAGAAGGAGCCCAGUCAAAAAGAGAUGCAGCAGUUCAACACCAUGUACAUGUACAGACAUGAAAAUGUCAGUAUUCUGUUUGCAGACAUCGUAGGCUUCACCCAGCUGUCGUCGUCCUGCAGCGCUCAGGAGCUGGUCAAGCUGCUCAAUGAGCUCUUUGCACGCUUUGACAAACUGGCUGCAAAAUAUCACCAGCUAAGGAUCAAGAUCCUAGGAGACUGCUACUACUGUAUUUGUGGGCUACCAGACUACAGGGAUGAUCACGCUGCGAGCUCCAUCAUGAUGGGCCUGGCCAUGGUGGAGGCUAUCUCGUACGUCAGAGAGAAAACCCAAACAGAUGUUGACAUGCGGGUCGGAGUGCACAGCGGCACCGUCCUCGGAGGAGUGCUGGGUCAGAAACGCUGGCAGUACGACGUCUGGUCCACUGAUGUCACUGUGGCCAACAAAAUGGAGGCAGGAGGGAUACCAGGUCGCGUCCACAUCUCACAGAGCACCAUGGAGUGUCUAAAUGGGGAGUUUGAUGUGGAGCCAGGGAACGGAGGUGACCGCUGUGACUACCUUAGGGAGAGGGGCAUCGAGACCUACCUGGUGGUUGUUCCUAAAGGACCUGUAGGGAAGAGUGGCAUCAGCGGUGUAAAGCUAUCUGUAACCUCUUCCAAUGGAAACUCACCGCUGUUAAUCAACACCACAGAGUGCAACGGCAGUGCUAACACAGCCUGCACCACACCUGAGGAGCCAGAAGAAUUGGAUACAAGGGUGGUGAAUCCAUCUUUCCCUAACCCUCGGAGAAGGCUCCGGCUGCGAGACCUGGCUGAGAGGGUGAUCGAUGCUCAGGAGAAUGAACAGGAGCUCAACAAACUGCUCAACGAGGCUCUGCUGGAGAGAGAGACUGUCCAGGCUUUGAAGGGGAAGCACACCAACCGGCUCUCCCUGAGGUUUGUGGAUCCAGAUCUGGAGACUCGUUACUCUGUGGAGAAGGAGAAACAAAGUGGAGCUGCCUUUUGCUGCUCCUGUGUGGUCCUUCUCUUCACUGCAGCCAUGGAGGCACUCAUAGACCCUUGGUUAAUUGCAAACUACAUCACCUUUGCAGUGGGAGAAGUCCUGUUGCUCAUCCUGACAAUCUGCUCUCUGGCUGCCAUCUUCCCUAGAGUCUGUCCGCAGAAGCUGGUGUCUUUCUCCACCUGGAUUGACCACACUCGCUGGGCUCGUAACACCUGGGCUAUGGCAGCCAUCUUAAUCCUGACCAUGGCUGACAUCAUGGACAUGCUGAGUUGUCUGCCUCGAGUCCCAGACUCAGGCAGCACUGUGGCUCCCUCCUCCUCUUCCUUCCCCUCCCCUUGGUCUGGCCCUCAUGGUUGCCUGGAAAACCCCAAAUAUUACAGCUACAUCGCUGUGCUGGCACUGAUGGCUACCACCAUGCUGGUUCAGGUCAGUCACAUGGUCAAGCUCACACUGAUGCUGCUCAUCACUUUGGCCACUGGCAUAGUGAAUAUCUACAGCUGGAGGGACAUCUUCGACCGCUACGACAGGGCCCGCUUCCAGGACUACAGGUCAUACCUGGUGCCCUCCAAGUUCACAAUGUCAACUAUGAUCUUUAUUAUGAUGGUCAGCUUCUAUUAUUUCUCCAGACAUGUGGAGAAGCUUGCCCGCACGCUGUUCCUGUGGAAGAUUGAGGUCCAUGAGCAGAAAGAGAAGGUCUAUGAGAUGAGGCGCUGGAAUGAAGCACUGGUGACCAACAUGCUGCCUGAACAUGUGGCUCGUCACUUCCUGGGCUCCAAAAAAAGGGAUGAGGAGUUGUACAGCCAGUCCUAUGAUGAGAUUGGAGUCAUGUUUGCCUCCAUCCCCAACUUCUCGGACUUCUACACAGAGGAGAGCAUCAACAAUGGAGGGAUUGAAUGCUUACGCUUCCUCAAUGAGAUCAUCUCAGACUUUGACAGUCUGCUGGAUGAACCUCAAUUCCGCUGCAUCACAAAAAUCAAGACCAUCGGCAGCACCUACAUGGCAGCAUCAGGUGUCACCCCAGAUGUCAGCAAUGGCUACACUUGCAUGAAGAAGGAGGAGCAGUCUGACAGAGAGCGCUGGCAGCACCUGGCAGACCUGGCAGACUUUGCUCUGGCCAUGAAGGUCACACUCAUGAACAUCAAUUACCAGUCAUUCAACAACUUCAUGCUACGCAUUGGUCUGAACAAGGGUGGAGUGUUAGCAGGAGUGAUUGGUGCCCGGAAACCCCACUAUGACAUCUGGGGCAAUACUGUGAACGUGGCCAGUCGGAUGGAGUCCACAGGAGUAAUGGGAAACAUCCAGGUGGUGGAGGACUGCUAUAACAUCCUCAAGGAGUACGGCUUCCGCUUUGUGAGGAGGGGGCCCAUCUUUGUGAAGGGAAAAGGGGAGCUGCUCACUUAUUUUCUAAAGGGAAGAGAUAAACAAGGCUCAUUUAUCAACGGCUCUUCUGUCACUCUGCCACACCAGGUGGUGGACAGCUAAGGAUCACAGUCACAUACACACUCAGCAGCAAUCACAUCUACUGUGUGAUGAAUGUAGAGGGGCCAGAGGACUUGACCUGACCCAAACUUCUGUUUACAGUCCAAAUUGAAAUACUACUGACAAGGAUGCACACCACUCAAUACUGAACACGUGAUCACUGUUAAUGGAAAGAUAUAUGUGCCAGUGAAGAUUGGAUUUGAAUUGGAAUGUCAUGUUCAAGUUGAUCCACAGAAUUCACAAUAUGGAUAAUUUGAAGGACUUAACUGAAAAGAAAUUACAAUACAAUACAGAGGCACGAGAUGUAUUGAUCCAGAGAUUAUAUAAGUUAAAACUUAUUCAAAUAAAAAAAAAUUAGAUCAUACAAAAUUACUAGUUGAGGUAGGGUGGCUUACUGUAAGUGUAGCCUAGUCUAGUGAUGGCUACAUAUUUUCAUUCAUGUGCAGCUGCUCAUAAAAACUCCAAAAUAAAAAUAAGCACUGUCUUGCAAUUUCUCUAAAAGAAAUUCUAGAUUUGCACCCAUAUUAAAAACUUAUUAUACAUAUUAAAAUUUGUUGGCCCAUGAUUUAACAUUUCAUUAAAAAGAAUUAAAACCUUAGAUUCCCCACUCAUUAACAGACAGACAGAUUAAAAACAUAACCCACUUAUUGGAGCGAUAGCGACUUGAAAUAGAAAGAAAUUAAAUUUAUUAUAUUAAUUAAGUGUUUGAAGACUGUAGCAGCGUUGUCACAUACUGCUGUGAUUGGAAAUAGCCUUGCCAUUCUCACCCUCAGGCCCCGUUCAGACCUGGAAUUAACAUCAGGUGAUCUGGUCACAAUUGCUCAGGUCUAAGUACAGGUGUGAACGCACCCAAUAUGGAUUGAGGAAGCAUUUGAGAUCUCACCACUCAGACCACAUUAGGAGGUGGUCUGGGAUGAAUGUGGCCGCAGUACUAACGCAAAUGUGCCCUGCGCUACAAUUUCAUGAUGCGAAACAUUGAAGGGGCGAUGCAUACCCUGUGCGCGUUGUAUAUAGGUUACUAUAUAUAUAUGUACUAUAUUUACAAUAUUUCUCCUGCCACCAUUUCAUACUGAAUUUAAGGCAAUGCUAUGUGCAGCGUGCUUUUCCCCACUGAUGCUAUUAUUAUCUUUCUUUCUCUCACUACCACACAAACAAACUCACCAUCACCAACACUCCUAUUAAACCAUCCAUAAAGUUUUUGCCGUCCUCGGCCACAGGCAUGAUUCAGCAUAAACUCGAUAAAUACAGCUUUCACUGUGCUUAACACUGACCCUGCUCUGAGUGUAAUGUGUGCGUAUCAUCCAGAGAUAUCCUCCUAUUUAUUAUUCUGUUGUUGUUGAGUUAUUUUGUACACACAGACGGGAGUGAAAACAUGACCCUGCUCCUGGCUAUGCAAGUGCACAGGGUAAUGAACAAAAUGUGGGUUUAUACUUCUCAGGGUUUCCUAUUGAUUUGUUUGUGGCCAUUAUGGUAACACUUACCACCACAUAUUGAUUUUCUAUUUAGUUAUUUUUUUAAAUUGGUAGAAUAAAAAAACAGAAAUGAUGUAUGUUUAUUUGAAAAUAGUUGGGGAAGUGAGAUCUGAUCACAAAUGGUCACAGGAGAUACAUUCUAAUGCCAAGUGUCAAUCGACAAACUCCGAGCUGUCCACUUGUUAAUGGAUAAUUCGAGUGCAUGUUAUUCCAGGUGUGAUCAGGGCCCAGUCACAUACACAACUGCAGCUCGGUCCAAAAUUAGCAAUCUGUUUCAGCAACAUUUUACAUUGAUCCGCACAGCAGAAAAUCAACUACCUGUAUCUCAAGACUCAAACAAAACUUUUCUAAAUACAAUUUCCUAAUUGUGAGAUCACUAAAAGUUAACUUUUUCACAAGUUUUUCUUUUGGCAUUUUUACCUGUGUUUUGUGUAUUUUGAUCAGCAUGAAGAUGAUGACCAAUUCGAAAUUAUAUAAUUUAAAUAAAUAUUGGCUUUAUCUCUUUC